AUGUUUGAAGUGCUCAGUGCUCCGGGCGAGAUAUGUGGCCACCCGGCUGCUCAGCUCAGCUACAUCGGCUCUGCAGAGGGGCAGCAGAUGGAAUACAUGUGUGACUUGAGCAACUUUCUGCACACUGUAGGAGCGUUGGCAGCGUACUCCUUCCCCAGGGGACUUUCUUGGACGCUGCACUUUCGGAGCACAAUCCGCACGGCCGGUGGUGCUCCUGCACCCUAUGAGGCGACAUACCAUGGCAAGGUGUCCUUCACUUUGUGCAUGCAGUGUGGAGCUGUGAGUAUGUGGGAGAUUGUGCAUGGAGGCCCGAUCUGGCAAAAGGGAAUCACGCGAGCCCAGCCCCUGAACCUCCUCAGGGCCGGGGGCACCAGCCUUUGCGACCUCGCUGCGCAGUGGAUCGACGUGGGCCGCAGAGGCGGCGGCGGCAACGUGGGAUGGCUGCAGUGCAAUCUAGAAGGCAGGCCUUCAGGCCAUGGGCCUCGGUCCGAGGUUGAUUCGGUGGACAAUUGCCGGCUGGACUCUUUGGCUCACUUCCGCGAUGCCGCAGGCUUCAUUUCGGUGGAACCCAGCUUCAGCGACUGGGAUGAUGGCUUUGAGCAGGAGGUGCCCCGUGCGUUUGGUGAGCCGACCAGGGCGACAUCCCAAGCUCCCAAGUUGGACUUUCUGGGGCAUGAGAAAGGGCUUUGCAGGGCUUUGCAGGGCUUUGCAGGGCUUCAAGGGAAGUGGAACGGAGGCCUCGUCCCGAAGGGCAUCACUUUGAUCCCUCUGAAGGAGCCUUCCGAGGAAAACCGCUCUGCGAGGGUGAAGGUUCGAUGUGGUAUCAAGGGCUUGCCACGAGGCAUCCCCGUUUGCAGCCUCAUCGCCAAGGCAGAGAUGGACAACGCAGAAUCGUACCGCGACGGGGUUGCACGGUGCUUCAAGGAGUCUGCAAACUUUCACCUGUGCAUGGAGGCCCCAAAGCCUUUCUCCGAAGUCCCAUGCGUCCCACGCACACCUGCUAUGAUCCACCAUCUAGAGAAGUGCCCAUCAUACAGCAGUCUCAACAUGCAGAAGCUCUUGGUGUAUCAAAGCGGUGCCCGCGACGAGGCAUUCGCUCGCCCUUUGCCUUCCAAGACCAGCGGCGGCAGUUCAUUCCUGGCUGCCGUCGGGCCUGGCGUUGGCCGAGGGGACAACUCUGCAAAGCUGGAGGCGGCCCUUUCGGUGCUUCACCGUUUCGAUGUGGUUGACGUGUCUUUUGCCCCGAACGAGAGCGGAGUGCUGCUGCAAGAUGCGAUGCGAAGUUUCCGAAUGAGCCAUCUCCUCGUUUCCGAUUUAUCCGUUUCUGCUUUCGACUCUGCCAUUCUGGUUUCCGCAAAUGGCAAGCAGGGAUUCCGGGAUUGGCUCAAGUACCAGGCUCAGGGGUAUGCAAGCCCCGGGAUGAGCAUUCGAAUCCGCAGCUUCCGACAGCUCUUGACCGCUGCGUGUCCCAUCAUGUUUCGUUUUGCUUACACCGAUUCGGCAGUCCCGUCCUGCUCGGCUGCGCUGCUGCGCCCGCACUUCUCCUGCCUGAUCUGUGAGGCUGGGCGCUGGUCCAGUGCAGUUGUGGACAGAUGCGCCACUCCGCAGGGACUAAGGAUUGAUCGUCCCAGUCCGGUCCUCGGCUGCCCCUACUUACUGACGGCUCUGGAAGAGCUUGAAGUGAACAUCAUGGAAGGAGUCGAUCGACUUGUGUUCCGGCAGCUACCUAUCUUCUUCGGCCAGGAUGCAGCUUUGGCCCCAGAGCCAUUCCGCCUUCUCAACUUCGAUGUACUUGCAAGCCCAGGGACAGCAGGAGAAGGCACAAAACUGUACCUGGAGUGGGACCCUCCCUGGGGAGAGCAGGAUGUGCACUUGUCGAUCUCCGAUCUCCUGAGGUUUGAAGCACGGAAUCAACUCGACAGAUCCCUGGUGGCCGCUGCGCAGAGUCUUAUCCUCGAGCGCUACUCGCGGAUACGGCAGACGGGCAAAAGAGCGAGGCUCGGAGCAGCGUUUCAGCACAAGCUAUUGAGACUGCUCCCAGUUGCACCUGCAGGGAAUCUCUUUGCCCCUUGCCUCAAGGAGUGCAUUCUGAGCGGCCUCCUCUCCGUCCACGGAAAAAAGGUGUUGCACCUUGACAGGAAUCCCUACUAUGGUGGAGAGUGUGCAUCCUUGAACAUCACCAACCUCUGGCAGAAGUUCAUGCCCGGCUCGGCCCCGCCCAAGGAGUUGGGAGAAAACAGGGAGUGGAACGUCGACCUCAUCCCCAAGUUCAUCAUGGCCUCGGGCGACCUCGUGAAGAUCCUUUUGAAGACGAAAGUCUCGCGAUACUUGGAGUGGAAGUCCUGUGAGGGAACCUAUGUAUACCAGUACCAGGAGGCCGGCCUGUUCUCCGGUGCCAAGUACAUCCACAAGGUGCCGGCAAGCGCCGGAGAUGGCCUGAAGUCGCCUUUGAUGGGCAUGCUCGAGAAGCCACGCUUCAUUAACUUCGCUCAGUUCAUCAUGAACUGGGAGGAUGACAAGCCCUCCACCCAUCAGGACAUCGAUCCAAGGCGACAUACCAUGGCUCAGGUGUACCAGAAGUUUGGACUGCAGGAAUCCACCAUCGACUUCAUCGGCCAUGCUGUGGCGCUGUGGCCGAACGACAGCUACCUGAAUGGACCCUGUGGCCCGACCAUCCAGAAGUGCAGGCUCUACCUGCAGUCCGUGCUCCAGUACGGAGGCUCUCCGUUCAUCUACCCCAUCUACGGACUCGGCGGCUUGCCGGAGGGCUUUUCUCGCCUUGCAGCCAUCCACAGGGGCACCUACAUGCACCUCGGCAGUUCGCAUGGGCUUUAA